AUGGUCCGGGGGAAGGGCGGACAUGAGGGAGGUGAAAGAUAUGUUCUCGUCGCUCUCGGCCAUUCUACUGACUCGGGUCAACUUGUCGGGCCUGUAUGGUACCAAGGACGAAAGGUUAUGGUCGUUGAAUACGAGUCGAGUAGAGAUGGUGAAGAGGUCGGAGAUGACGAAGAGGCCGGAGAGAAUAGUGCUGUUACUGAUUAA